CUGCGGGUCCCCGCCGGUCGGUGGGUCCGACUUGCUUGUGUUUGCUCGAAGGCUCGGUCUCCUGACGAGCUGGCGUCCUCACCCCUGCUGUAACUUCGCGGAUUAGUGACUGUCACUCUUCCCGUAGCUUUAAAAGCGAGGCCCUGGCUCUGCUAUCAUGAAGGUGAAAAUUAAGUGUUGGAAUGGUGUGGCCACUUGGCUCUGGGUAGCCAAUGAUGAGAACUGCGGCAUCUGCAGGAUGGCGUUUAAUGGCUGCUGUCCAGACUGUAAGGUGCCUGGUGAUGACUGCCCCCUCGUAUGGGGACAGUGCUCCCACUGCUUCCAUAUGCACUGCAUCCUCAAGUGGCUGAACGCGCAGCAGGUGCAGCAGCACUGCCCCAUGUGUCGCCAGGAGUGGAAGUUCAAAGAGUGAAGCCUGUGCCAUGCCAGUGCCCUCUCCUGUGCUGUGCCAGGCUCAGCCCCCUCCUCCCCUCCCCUCCCGUCCCCUUCCCCCCUCCCCACAAAUACAGCACACCCUAAGUCCCCUCCACACAGCACAGUGGUGCCCAGGGACCUNGGUCUGUGCUGGGGACAAGGAUGCUUUCUGUUUGGCUGAGACAAGGUUGAAAGGAGGACUGGAGCUUUGCUGAUUGUUUUGUUUUCCCAUCACAUUGACACUUUAUUCAAUAA